GGGGUGACAGGUAACAAGAUGGCGGCCUCCUCCCUGGAGCAGAAACUCUCGCGGUUGGAGGCGAAGCUGAAGCAGGAAAACCGGGAAGCGCGACACCGCAUAGACCUGUCCCUGGACAUCAGCUCUCCAGCGACCCCGCGGAGAGCUCGACCCGCUCUCCAACUCCCGUUGGCCAAUGACCCCGGCAGCCGAUCAGCCUCAUCAGAGACGUCCCCACAGCAUCACCCCCACCCCCCCCGGCCCAGACACAUGCUCAGCCUCCCGCAGCAGGUCUACCCCACACACAGGAGCAUGGAGAGUAUAGAGAUCGAUCAGAAGCUGCAGGAGAUCAUGAAGCAGACGGGGUACCUGACAAUAGGAGGACAGAGAUACCAGGCUGAGAUCAGUGACCUGGAGAACCUGGGGGAGAUUGGCAGCGGAACUUGUGGCCAGGUCUGGAAGAUGAGGUUCAAGAAAUCCGGCCACAUCAUUGCAGUGAAGCAAAUGCGUCGCUCGGGUAACAAAGAGGAGAACAAACGGAUUCUGAUGGACCUGGACGUGGUGUUGAAAAGUCACGACUGUCCUUACAUCGUGCAGUGCUACGGCACCUUCAUAACUAACACUGACGUGUUCAUAGCCAUGGAGCUGAUGGGCACUUGCGCAGAGAAGCUGAAGAAGCGGAUCCAGGGGCCGAUCCCAGAGAGAAUCCUCGGGAAAAUGACCGUUGCGAUCGUCAAAGCUCUUUUCUACCUGAAGGAGAAACACGGAGUCAUCCACAGGGACGUCAAACCCUCCAACAUCCUGCUGGACGAGCGAGGGGAGAUCAAGCUGUGUGAUUUCGGGAUCAGCGGGAGGCUGGUGGACUCCAAAGCCAAGACCCGCAGUGCUGGAUGUGCAGCAUACAUGGCACCUGAGAGGAUAGACCCCCCUGACCCCAGUAAACCAGACUACGAUAUCCGAGCUGACGUGUGGAGCCUGGGAAUAUCACUGGUGGAGUUGGCCACAGGGCAGUUUCCGUAUAAAAACUGUAAGACGGACUUUGAGGUGCUGACCAAGGUGCUGCAGGAAGAGCCUCCAUUACUGCCUCAGACCAUGGGCUUCUCCCUGGACUUUCAAUCCUUCGUCAAAGAUUGCCUCACAAAAGAUCACAGGAAAAGACCAAAAUACAACAAACUACUU